UCUUCUGUCGCCUCUGAUUUAAGCUGAAAGUUUGCCCAAAGGAUUAAAAUAGCCAUUUCGGACUUGUCAUAGUCAAAGGACAACGAGGUGCCGUGGGCCAAAUGUGUAUAAGGACGAUGGAAAGGGAGAAGUAAGGCAGAGCUAAAACCAUAAACCCAAACGAACAAGCUCAGCUCUGAGUGCAAAAAACACAAGAGGAAGAGGAAGUGCAUCCUGCGCCCAAGUCUAAUUAGAAGGCAACAGAUUGCUCAUACGCCGUGUGGAUCGCGAGUGCUUUAGUGUCCGUGUAUACAUAAGUACAUAUAUAUGUGUGUGACAACAUUUUGUAAAAUCUGAAACAUAAAACUACUGAAAGCUUAAGUUUUUGUUCGAUUUGCUGGCGGGCCGUCGAAUAAUUAGUUUGGCAUGCGGCUGCUGUUGCCACAACUGUUGCAUGCAACAUGGAUGGCGAAAAUCGGAUCAUACUCAAUGUGGGCGGAAUAAGAUAUGAAACCUACAAGGCCACGCUCAAGAAAAUCCCCGCAACACGUCUAUCCCGACUGACCGAAGCCCUGGCCAACUACGAUCCGGUGCUCAAUGAAUACUUUUUUGAUCGCCACCCCGGGGUCUUCACCCAAAUCCUCAACUAUUACAGAACUGGAAAACUGCACUAUCCAACUGACGUGUGUGGCCCGCUUUUCGAGGAGGAGCUGGAAUUCUGGGGACUCGACUCAAAUCAGGUAGAACCUUGCUGUUGGUCAACAUAUAGCAUACAUCGCGAUACGCAAAACACCUUAGCCAUAUUAGAUAAGCUAGAUAUUGAAAAUGAGAAGCCCACGGAGGAGCAGAUAGCUCGUCUAUUUGGCUUUGAGGAGGCACUGAGCAACGGCGAGCUUAACUGCUGGCAGCGUAUAAAACCCAAGAUCUGGGCCAUGUUCGAUGAGCCAUCCAGCUCCACGGGUGCCAAGAUCGUUGCUGGCAUGUCGGUUUUCUUUAUAUUUGUUUCUGUGAUAUCAUUCUGCCUGAAGACCCAUCCCGGCUUUCGUGUCGAUCUGCCCUCCGGAGCCCACGAUGCCCACGGGCCAGGUGCGGGUGGUCCACCCCACGGACACGAUCCCAUGGGAGAACCACCGCAGACCCAUCAGUACCAUCAGCACAGCAUCACGCCGCCCAGCGGCAGCAUCGGACCCACCUUUCGUGUCACAAACUACACGAGCUACAGCAGCGGUAACUUUACCGCUCCUGGCCAGGCCACGCCCAUUGUCACCAUUAAGGGCGGCCAGCGGCAGCGACUGAAACGGAAUAUCAACGGAAGUAUCCUGAACGAGUUCAUCGAAGAGAAGAUAUUGGGCCACAAUGGGAGGAGAAAACACGGAUGGAUUGAGACCUAUGGGCAGCCACACGAGGCCUUCUUCUACGUGGAACUGGUCUGCAACGUCUGGUUCUUCAUCGAGGUCAUCAUCAGGCUGAUUGUCUCCCCUAAUUUGUGGCAGUUCAUAAAAUCGCCGGUGAAUAUCAUUGAUUUUACGGCCACCUUGAGCUUUUACACGGACGUAAUGCAGCGUAUGGGUGAAUAUACGGGUCUUCUGGAGGCCUUUUCCAUCGUCAGGAUUAUGCGACUGUUCAAGCUGACUCGCCAUUCACCGGGCCUGAGAAUCCUCAUCCACACAUUCAAGGCUUCGGCCAAGGAGCUUACUCUGUUGGUGUUCUUCCUCGUCCUGGGCAUAGUGUUCUUCGCCAGUUUGGCAUACUAUGCGGAGAAGUUGCAGGACAAUCCGGACAACCAGUUCAAGAGCAUACCUUUGGGUCUGUGGUGGGCCAUCGUGACCAUGACCACCGUGGGAUAUGGCGAUGUGGCGCCCAAAACCUAUCCGGGCAUGUUCGUGGGCGCCCUCUGUGCUCUGGCCGGUGUGCUGACCAUUGCCCUGCCCGUGCCCGUCAUCGUUAGCAACUUCUCCAUGUUCUACUCCCACACUCAGGCUCGCUCCAAGCUGCCCAAGAAGCGACGACGUGUCCUGCCCGUGGAGCAGCCGCGCCGCAAGAGGGAGCCCACCGCUCCGCAUCGCGGAAGAACGAACGCCAUCAAACAGACGCCACCCACUGGGCCGGGAUUGGUGGCCGGUGGCGUGGGUCCAGUGGGAGCAGGCGGGGCGGGACUCGGUGGCCAUGCGGUGGGUCAUCCCGCUGCAGGGGCGCCAAUGUUUAAGGACGCAUUCGGCGGUGCCAAAAUAGGCACCGUGAACGUGAACGGCGUCAAUGUCAUUGGCCUGCAUCCUGCGCAAAGGACGACGACCACGAUGGCGAUGGCGAUGAAUGAGGCGGACCCGACGCCGAUGUCGGCGUUGACCUACCAAGUGCCUAUGCUCCAACCCACGCCCCCGCCCGUCCACAGUCACGGCCACGCCCAUGGCCACGCCCACGGCCUUGGCCCAGCGUCGGCGGCGAUGACGUCAUCGGCAUCGCUAACAGGCUCAGCUGCCUCAGCAGCCGUUGCCACAGCCGCCGCAGCCGCCCCCGCCGGUCCCUCGUUCAUCAGUUCGGACUACUUGAGCGUGCCGGCGGUGCAGAGCCUCCAGCCGCGGGCGGCGACGACUGGCCACGACUUCAUGCUGCCGCUCCAGCCAAAACUUCUGGGCCCCCUGGAACGCAAGGAUCAGCAUCCGCUGCAACUGACUGCCCACAAUUUGGCCUCGGACACGCACCAGCUGAUGUACUCGGGCCACGCCCACUCGCAGCACAAGGUGGGCGGUGGGGCAGCGGUGCUGAAUGUGCCGCCCACGUUGAGCAUGUCGCACACCCAGAUGCCCCCUGGAAUCGCUAGCAUGGGUCAGCGGACGCCCAAUCUGAGUUUUCGGCCCGCUCACGGGGCGUCGUCCCAGGUGGCCACUCUCCAGCAGCCCAUUCCGCACUCCCAUGCCUGCCACGCCUCCACGAACUGCAACAUCAAGAUUUCGGUUGCCUCCGCCGGCAUUUCGGUGGGAUGUCCGGAUGAGUUUCGGACUCCCAAGGUGACGCUGCUGGACGAUCUCAGCGACGAUGUCAACUCCUCGACGGAUGACUGCGGGGACUGUUGUCUGGUGGACGACAGCGAUACCUACGAGGGAACCACCAUCAACAAUGGUCCAAGUGGCCAGGAGAACGGAACGGAAGUCAUUGGGCUGGAUGAUGGCCUUCUGGAUAACGAUGGGGAGGAUGAGGAGGACGGCGAGGGCAGCGGCGUGGGCGGGGAUAGCGGCGAUAGUCUCGGAGGGAUCUACAUUGGUCCCAGGCAUUGAUUGCCGGACAUUAGCUGGGAUU